AUGACGACGGCACAGAACGGGUCCUUUAGUCCUGAUCUUCCUGACGUCCUUGAUGUGUUGAUUGUCGGUGCCGGACCAUGCGGUCUGGCUGUUGCGGCGCGUCUGCAGGAGGAGACGCCCUCUGCGAUAUUUACGGACGAGGAACAUCAACGAUAUCAUUGGAUCAAGCGGCACAGCGGCCAUAUGGCACUCGUUCGGGCGCAUAACAAGAAGAUGAACGGCGUCAAGGCAGAGAAGUAUACCGGUUCCAGAGGGAGCAGUUGCUGUGGUCGAAAAGGUUGUCAAUCGCAGCCGGAACCACCGUCAUCGAAGUAUUCGACACUCGUGCUGGAUGGGUCUGGAGAUCGCUGGAUGGAACGUUGGAACAGGUCUUUCCGAACGCUGGAGAUAGAGCAGCUUCGAAGUCCUAUGUUCUUCCAUGUCGAUCCGGGAGACCGAGACGGCAUGCUCGCCUUCACCAUGGAAAAUGGCAGGGAGAAGGAACUCUGGGAGAUUCCUGGAUGUGUUGGACAGGAGAUGAGCAAGCAUAAAAAGAAGAAGAGGACCAAGGCAAGGUAUGUAAUAACGACCGGUGAAGUGGAGAUCAACGAGCGUGAUCGCAAAGAUUACUUCUCACCAUCCACGAAACUCUUCCAAGACUAUUGCUCUUCUGUUGCUUCGCGCUAUGGAUUAGAUAACCCUGGUCAGGUAUUACAGCAAGAAGUGGCGGAUAUCAAGUUUGAUAUCGUGCCCGAAUACUCGUCAAUCGACAAGAUCUUCACCGUCACGACAAAGGAUGACAGGAGAUUUUAUAGCCGCACUGUGGUGCUGGCUAUUGGACCUGGAGGUCCUAAAAUAUUCCCCUGGCAGCUCUCAAGUACGGAGGAGAUGGGAGCCUGUCAUAGUCUCGAUAUCAAGACUUUCCCGAGUCCUAAUGUGAAAGCUCGGAUCAAGAAUCACCAGGAAACGAACGUGGUAGUUGUGGGAGGUGGACUCUCGUCUGCGCAGGUAGUGGACAUGGCUAUAAGAAAAGGGAUCACCAAAGUAUGGUUUUUCCUGCGAGGAGAACUGAAAGCAGUCAAACACUUCGACAUUGACCUGCCGUGGAUGGGAAAGUUCAGAAACUUUGAAAAGGCAGUUUUCUGGACCGCCGACGAUGAAGAAGAAAGACUCCAAAUGAUCCAGAAGGCACGCAAUGGUGGCAGCAUCACGCCCCGAUAUUACAAAAUAUUAAAACAGCAUGUCGCUCGCGGAAGACUCUCCAUCCACACGCACACGGUUAUCGUCUCCAAGGAAUUCGACCCAUCGUCAAAGACAUGGACACUCACCACGGAUCCUCCGAUUCCUGACCUCCCCCGCAUAGACUAUAUCUAUUUCGCCACAGGCGCAAAAUCCGAUGUCAGCUCGCUUCCAUGUCUGCAGAACAUGAACCGAGAUUAUCCAAUAGACAUCCGACAGGGUCUGCCUUGCAUUACUGAUGAUCUUAUGUGGAAACAUGGCGUUCCUCUUUUCGUUACCGGUCGUCUAGCAGCACUCCAGCUCGGACCUGGGGCGGCGAAUCUCGAAGGAGCUAGACUUGGCGCGGAGAGGAUAGCAUGGAUGUUGGAAGAGAUCCUGGGAGAUAAGGAUGAGUCCAAGGAAAAAGAACCGUCAUUGAUGUCCUUUCCAGGCUUGGGAAACAGAUAUGCAGGCCUGUUUGAUACCAGAGAACCUGUGGCGAGGGAUCAUCUCACGCGAGAGUUGUAGACCUUGAGUUGAGUAACAUCAAGGACGAUAGAACCAGUGAACUGAAUGUGAAAUAUAUUUUUGAAAUCAAAGUAGUCUUAUCGAGAGCUAUGGAUGCUUGUGAUAGCGUCUGUUAGAGAAGUAGUUAAGAGCUCAUACUCCACGACUUCGCAUCUGUCAAGGUACUUGGACGAGAG